CCCCCCCCCUCCCCCAAUGGCCCUAGCCUCUAUUUCAACUUUUUGUUCCCGCCCAGCUUCUCAAUCCCAUCCAUACAAUCUACAACUACGUAAACUUCCGGGGUCCAAUAUCAUCCUUUGUAUGAUUGCGCAAACCCCGCAGAAAAGCAGACUUUGGACAAAUCUUAGCUUCCUCAAGCUCAAUUGGCCCGUUUGCAGUACGUAGACGGCAGUCAGCUCUACUUCUAUACACAUCAUACACAUUAUCUCCGUGUCGUGUGUAGAUGAAAUACAAUACUUCUACAAUAUUUUAGCAUUUGUCUUUAGCAAUUUGUCUAUAGACAACAACUUUAAACUAAAACUCAUACCUUUCAAUCUUCCUUUUCUCUGCGAUCGACCCCUUCGACCCCGCAUCCCAAAAACCCAUCGAGUCCUCGUAGUUCGGGAUCUUGAUGGCAUAUCUCUUGCUAGCAGGAGACGCUAUUGUAUCGCGACCACGCCGAUGACUCUGGUCCUCAUUACGAGGCCAUUGUCUGAAGCUUCCCCGCAAUACAGCUUCUGCUGCUAAACAAGCGAGCCAUGCCAGCUGAGUCCAAUUUCCAAGAUGUCACCAGCUCCACGAUCCGGACUCGGACCAUGCCUCAGCUCAGUAGCGGAAGUGAGAAACCACGAAGGUGGAUAAAACGUUACCGAACGGAGACGGCUGCGAGCAUCUCCAGUGUUAUGUCGACUGUCACUGCUUUUCCUCUCGAUAGUGUGAAGACUCGUUUGCAGACAUAUCCCUAUGCCGGUGCUUUGGAUUGUGUACGCGUCACGUACAAUUCGGAGGGUAUUCGAGGUUUCUUUCGAGGUGUAACUGCUCCCCUAGCCAGUGUUACUCUUGUGCGAACCAUAUCUUUCUCCAUCUACCAACACUCUAAAUACGUUUAUUCCGACUGGAUGAAGAAGCACGUCGGCUUCUGUCCUCUCGAACAUGUCAAUAAGAAUGGCGCAUACCCGAAUUUGGGUACUAUUGCUUGCUUCGGGGCUGCUGGAGCCACAGCUGGCUCUGGCAUCACAUUUAUUGCAUGUCCUUUCGAGUUAACUAAACUCAGCGCUCAAGUGUCAGUUCUCAUGGCGAAGCAGAAGAACGCAGAUCCGCAGCGGCAAGCCAUUGCUCUCAGUUAUCAUAAUAAAGGAACCUUCAAGACUCUUGCCAACAUAGUUAAGCAUAGAGGCUUUAGUGGAAUGUACACCGGAUUAAACCUACAUUUAUUGAGAGAUACCCUCGGAACGGGAAUCUAUUUUGCUACAUAUGAAAGCAGCAAGCAGCUGUUAACGACCUUUAGCGGAAAGGAUGCACAUAAGAAUCCUGUUGCCGUCCUUGCCGCUGGAGCUCUGUGCGGCAUAGUAUCGUGGGCUUUGAUUUACCCCAUCGAUUCCGUGAAGAGCAUCUACCAGCGGAAUGCACUGAUGUAUUCCAAGGGCCAGAAAGUGCCCGUCCCGAAGAUACAGUUUUUCAGACGAGACAUGUAUCGCGGACUUGGCGUGUCUAUGGGCCGAUCUGCGGCCGUCAAUGCAGUGUUCUUUUCAGCGUUUGAAUUCUUCAAAAAGCGAAUCAACGCUCUCAAGGAAUAGGUACUCGUGACGGGUUAAUUAGCUAUCGUACGAUGCUUUAGUACGAUAACAUAUACUUGAUGUAGCGUUGGUAAGGGUCAUGCAACAGCCUAGAUUAGCACGGUAACCUGAAAAGGGGACAGCUAGGCAACAUAUUUGGCGGACAAAUCUUACAACAAGUCCGGGGAACUAUGACUGGAAUAGCACAUUAUUUCCAAAGGGACACGCAGGACGAUAUUAGCAUGUAUAAAUCAAUAA